UCCACCCCGCCUCGAGUCCCGACACACACAGAGUCCGGGGGAGAGAGAGCUCACUGUAAACAGUUGCAAUGUGACGUGUGGAGGAAAACUAGAGUUCAGACGGGAAUGCAGCACCUUCCCCACUUACAGAGGAAUUUAUAAAGUCAUGGAGCUUACACGUGUCAUUGUGAUCUUGGCCCAGUGUGUAUGGCCCUUGUGGACUCAAGUCAUCCACCUCACAGACAUAUAUGGGACCAUCAAGUCUCCAAACUUUCCUGAAUCCUAUCCAAAAGAGAUAGAUCUACAGUGGAAUAUAACUGUACCAGAUGGAUAUCAAAUCCGACUCUAUUUUAUGCACUUCGACAUAGAGCCGUCAUACUUAUGUGAGUACGACUACUUGAAGGUAUACUCAGACUCUGAAGAGCUGGCUGUGUUUUGUGGAAAAGAGAAUACAGACACAGAACGGGUUCCUGCUGACAAUGUCAUCACGUCCCCCAGGAACGUGCUCAGUGUGGCAUUCCGUUCAGACUUUUCUAAUGAGGAACGCUACUCUGGCUUUGAGGCUCACUUUAGUGCGGCUGAUGUAGAUGAAUGCAGAGACAGAAAUGAUGAAGAUCUUGUCUGUGAUCAUUUCUGUCACAACUACAUUGGUGGCUUCUACUGUUCUUGCCGUUAUGGGUUCCUGCUUCAUUCUGACAACAGAACUUGCAAAGUGGAGUGUAAUGAAAGCAUGUACACGGAGCGCUCUGGAGAGAUCACCAGUGCUGAUUUUCCUGAACCGUACCCCAAAACCUCUGACUGCACAUACCGCAUUGAGCUGGAGGAGGGUUUUCAAAUCACUCUGGAGUUUGAUGACACCUUUGACAUUGAAGACCACCCUGAAGUCACCUGCCCCUACGAUUUUAUCAAAAUUCAUGCAGGAGACAAUGUUUUUGGCCCAUUUUGUGGUGAGCAGUCACCAGGGAAGAUCCAGACAGGAAGUAACAUAGUCAACAUCCUGUUUCACAGUGACAGCACUGGAGAGAAUCUUGGCUGGAAACUCACUUACACCUCCACCGGUUCUGAAUGCUCUCCUCUUGCGGCACCUCUUAAUGGACACCUGGAGCCUCUGCAGUCUAACUACAUCUUCAAAGAUCACAUUACGCUGACCUGUGACCCUGGAUACUCACUGAGACAGGGGGAUAAAGAAUUUGAGCAUUAUCAGAUUGAGUGUCAGAGGGAUGGGAAAUGGAGCAGUGAUGUCCCGCUGUGUAAAAUGGUUGACUGUGGUCCAGUGGAUGUAGUACUGGGUGAGGUGAUUUUUGAGAGUUUUGGAAACAGUACUGUGUUUGGAUCCAGAAUCCAGUACAGCUGCAGAGACUCUCGCCAGGUCAACAACACUUACACCUGUCAUCAGAGUGGGGAAUGGGUGAGUGAGGACGGGACACCUCUGCCCACUUGUCUACCAGGAGAUUUCGAAACAACUUUGAGUGUCAAUGCGGAAUCUCAGCUCCCUUCUCCACUAACAAGCACUCCUCUUACAUGUGGUGAGCAAUCACAGCUCUUCCCAGCCCAGCAGAAGCGAAUCGUUGGUGGGAGAACAGCAUCUCCCGGUCUGUUCCCCUGGCAGGUUCUGCUCUCAGUAGAGGAUGUGUCCCGUGUCCCAGAGGACCGCUGGUUUGGCAGCGGCGCUCUCCUCUCCUCCACUUGGGUUCUCACAGCCGCUCACGUUCUCAGAUCUCAUCGCCGUGAUUUUUCUGUUGUCCCUGUCGCUUCUGAACACAUCCGAGUCCACUUGGGCCUCACAGAUAUACGGGAUAAGCACCUGGCUACCAACCGGUCUGUAGCGAAAGUCAUCCUCCAUCCUCAGUUUGAUCCUCAAAACUAUAACAAUGACAUUGCUCUGAUUAAACUCAGCCAGGAGGUGGUGCUGUCUGCAUUAAUACAACCCGUGUGUCUACCAAGGCCUGGUGUGAAAGGUCAUACCCUGAUGCCUCUGCCCAACACACUGGGUAUAGUGGCUGGUUGGGGCAUCAACACAGCCAACACUUCUGCUUCCACCAGUGGCUUGACCUCAGAUUUAGGCACCGUCUCCGAGCUGCUCCAGUAUGUGAAACUCCCGAUUGUGCCUCAGGACGAAUGUGAAGCUAGUUAUGCAUCACGCUCCGUCAACUACAACAUCACCAGCAAUAUGUUCUGCGCUGGCUUCUACGAGGGCGGUCAGGACACCUGUUUGGGGGACAGUGGGGGAGCGUUUGUCACUCAGGAUGCCCGCAGUGGGAGAUGGGUGGCACAAGGACUGGUGUCCUGGGGCGGGCCAGAGGAAUGUGGCAGUCAGAGGGUGUAUGGGGUGUACACUCGGGUGGCCAACUACAUCCACUGGCUACACAGGCACAUGGAUGGUGAAGAAGUUGCAAAAGUGUAGUGGAGCUUGAAGUCUCUCCUUGUUUUCUUAUUUUUGUCAUCUUAUUCUUAUCAUUUUCCACAAAUUUACUUAAAGCAAGGCAAGAAUUACACCCAGAGGUGUUCACAAUCUUAGGCUAUCAGUUUGUGAAUUUAUUUGUCUUACAGUUGGUACAAACUUGCGCUGGCUGCUUGAGUCAACUAGAAAUAACCAUAUAUUCAUCAAGACAAUAGCAUUUUACUCAUCUCAUUUUUGGCCCUCAGCUUGGAUCCUUCAUCCUUUUUCAACAUCUGCUGUUGUUUAAAACUUAUACUAUACUCGCAUAAAAUCGUAUUACCCUUCAGUACUGGUUAAGGUUUUUAGCCUGUAAAGACAGCAUGUAUUUUACACUACCGUUUAAAAGUUUGGGGUCUGUAAGUGUUUUAAGAUUUAUUAUUUUAAAACAAAUUAAUACUUUUAUUCAGCAAGGAUCCAGUAAAUUGAUCAAAAAAUGUUUCUUGAGCACCCAAAUCAGCAUAUUAGAAUAAUUUUGGGAAGAUCAUGUGAAACUGAAGACUGGAGCUGAAAAUUUAGCUUCUGUGUCACAGGAAUAAAUUGUUUAAAAUAUAUUAAAAUAAAAAAGUGGUCAUUUAAAAUUGUAAUAAUACUUUGCAUUAUUACUUUUUUACUGUAUUUUUGCAGCCUUGGUGCAUAUGAAAUUUCUUUCAAAAACAAUAAAAAUGUUUACCUACGCCAAGUAUUUUGAUUAUAUUAUAUAGUACAUAUGCACAAGAUAUAAUAUACAUCUUUAUAUUUAUAAUGAUAUAAAUCAUUUAAACCUAAAUACAUUUGUAGUUUUAUACACAUAUCUCAGCACAAUUGUACAAUGUUAUACCUUUAGAAUGGUUACACUCCUAUUAAAAAACACUAGA